CAGGUUUGAUCCUCCUCUCCUGGGCGUCGCGGCCGCUGUCUCUGCGGACUGUAUGAGGAGGAGGAGGAGGAUGUGAAGAUGGCGGAGCUGCAGAUGCUGCUGGAAGAGGAAAUCCCUGGGGGCCGCCGGGCUCUGUUCGAUAGCUACACGAAUCUGGAGCGGGUGGCCGACUACUGCGAGAACAACUACAUCCAGUCAUCAGAUAAGCAGCGAGCCCUAGAAGAAACCAAAGCCUACACAACCCAAUCCUUAGCAAGUGUUGCAUAUCUGAUAAACACUUUGGCCAACAAUGUCCUACAGAUGCUGGAUAUCCAGGCAUCCCAAUUACGGAGGAUGGAAUCUUCAAUCACUAUUUCACAAACAGUUGAUAUUCAUAAAGAGAAAGUUGCAAGAAGAGAAAUUGGUAUUUUGACUACCAAUAAAAAUACUUCAAGAACCCAUAAGAUUAUUGCACCAGCUAACCUUGAGCGACCAGUUCGUUAUAUUCGAAAACCUAUUGACUAUACAAUUCUAGAUGACAUUGGGCAUGGGGUAAAGGUGAGUACACAGAAUAUGAAGAUGGGUGGGCUGCCACGUACAACACCUCCGACUCAGAAGCCCCCAAGUCCCCCUAUGUCAGGAAAAGGGACACUUGGGCGGCACUCCCCCUAUCGCACACUGGAGCCAGUGCGUCCUCCAGUGGUACCAAAUGAUUACGUACCUAGCCCAACCCGUAAUAUGGCUCCCUCGCAGCAGAGCCCUGUGAGGACAGCUUCUGUGAAUCAAAGAAAUCGAACUUACAGCAGCAGUGGGAGCAGUGGAGGAAGCCACCCAAGUAGUCGGAGCAGUAGUCGGGAGAACAGUGGAAGUGGGAGUGUGGGGGUUCCUAUUGCUGUUCCUACCCCAUCUCCUCCCAGCGUCUUUCCAGGUCAUCCUGUUCAGUUCUACAGCAUGAAUAGGCCUGCCUCUCGCCAUACACCACCAACAAUCGGGGGCUCAUUGCCCUAUAGACGGCCUCCUUCUAUAACUUCACAGGCAAGCCUUCAGAGUCAGAUGAAUGGAGGGCCUUUUUAUAACCAGAAUCCAGUUACAGAUACACCACCUCCACCACCACCUGUGGAAGAGCCAAUCUUUGAUGAGUCCCCCCCUCCACCACCACCUCCAGAAGAUUAGGAGGAGGAGGAAGCAGCUGUGGUUGAGUACAGUGAUCCUUAUGCUGAAGAGGACCCACCGUGGGCUCCAAGGUCUUACUUGGAAAAGGUUGUGGCAAUUUAUGAUUAUACAAAAGACAAGGAAGAUGAGCUGUCCUUUCAGGAAGGAGCCAUUAUUUAUGUCAUCAAGAAGAAUGACGAUGGUUGGUAUGAGGGAGUAAUGAAUGGAGUGACUGGGCUCUUCCCCGGGAAUUACGUUGAGUCCAUCAUGCAUUAUUCAGAGUAAAGCUCAGCACAGCUGUGCUUCCCUCUCAGAAAGUCAGGUCUUCCCAGAUUAGCUAGAGGCCCUGGGAAUUUCCUCCCAGUGUAACAAAUGAAGCAUUCAAAUGAUGAAGUUAUUUCUUUUUUCUAUGUUUGGUUCAUCCCCUAGUAUUAAAAACAAAAAAAUCAAAUUCGAGUCUGAACAAAUGGAUCUUCUUGCCAUUAUUUGCACGACACUGUCUGGAUUGAAAAUGUGACCAUUUCUCAUUCUAUAGAAGGCAUAACAACAAGAACAUAUAGCUAAAACAAAUCAGACCAA